AUGAACACCCCUUUGAUGCACACUGCACCCACUUUCCACGACGUGACCUCCAUGUUCACUCCUCUUUCCCUCUCUCACCCAUUGUCUGCUUCGUCUAUGAUGGAGUACACCAGCGCCAUGUUCCCCGAGAACAACCUCUCAUCCCCCACACCCAGCAUCGAACACACCCUGAUCGCACCAGAACUGCGUUCAAUGUCUCAUUUUCACGAGGUCGAACACAGCUUGCAAUCAUACGCACCCACAAACCCUGUCACUACUACAGACCACAGCUCGCCCUCAUCCCCAUUCCUGCAUGAGCUUCACCUCGCCAGCCCGGAACAUCACCACCACCAAUAUCAUCAUCACCACCACCACCCUCCGUACCAGCCCACCUCAGCCUUUCAGGAUCUCGGGGAGGCCCAACACUUGUCUAUGCUGCAAGAUAUGAUGCACCAGAGCUCCGGCGCUGCUUCAAGUAGCUCUUCCGACGUCCUCACAUCUGCUGCUUGCGCUUUCCAUACAACGAUGCGAAGAACCCAGAGCCUCGAGUCCUUCUCCCCAGUGACCCGUCACAUGAACAUGACCUUGUCCAUGGCGAACGCGAUGGUUGCCGAUGAUUACCAGCCAGGCUCUCCCUAUGUCGGCGCUUGCAUGCCUAUGGAAUCUAAAUUGGUUGAGGGCUACAGCGCGGAUUACACUGGCCUGCUCCACCAGGAUACCUUCCAAAUGCCUCCUACAUCCAUGGCUUUCGCCGACGAUCAGUUUGGUUCAUCACUACCCUCGGCCGCCUCGUCGACCUUGCCAUAUAUCUUCCAACCCCUCUUCACCCCAGCAUUCUCAGCAGGCUCAAGUUGCUACUCCCCCGCCAUCUCCACCUCCAGCCCCUCCAUCGACAACAUGAGCAUCACCAUAGAUGACAGUGGGAGGACAACACCAGCCACUCCCUACAUCAACCAUAAUACCUACUACAAGAGUGACUAUGACUCUGACAUCGACGACAUCUCUUGCAACCAGAAUCACAACCAGACCUCGAACCAUAGUCGCCAAUCUAGCCUGGAACCCAGCGCCGAUGUUUUCUCUGACACUGAUACUCCGAACGAUCCCAGUAACAGCGACGAUUGUGGUGAGGAUGACGACGGUACCAGCGGCUCCGGAAAGACCUUCACCUGCUACUUUCCCGACUGCAACCGCAGUUUUGGUCGCUCCUACAACCUCAAGGCUCACGCUUUGACCCACGGCGACCACCGACCCUUCCCUUGCCGCCUCUGCCGAAAGAAGUUUGCUCGGAUCCACGACCGAGACCGCCAUAUGAGCGUCCACAGCGACGAGAAGGCCCACUGCUGCAUUGUCUGUCUGGGACGGUUUGCACGACAAGACGCCGUGAUCCGCCACUUGAAGUUGUCGAACGAGAUGAAUCCAUGCUCGUGGAUCCUCAAGUCCCAGGGUAUCACCUUCCGAGAUGUUGCGGCUGGGCGAAUCAACCGCAGAUCGUUAGGCACGGACGAGGAUAUCGUGAAGGCUGUUGAGGCGUUGGAGAACGAGGUCCGGAAGGGGAAGGCGGCGCGUGCACUUGAACGUAUGAACAUUCCCAAGGCCCGGAGCAAGUAA